GGGACGCGCUGGGGUCGGCGGCCGCAAAGCAAGCCUCUCUGUUGUUUGUUAUCCAAGAUGUCUGCGCCCACAAUGCUGUUCCUGUCGGCGUGAAGGUUCCGGACAAGCGACAGAUAUUGCGUGGAUUCUCAGUCAAUUCAGAGGCAUAUUUAAGUUUUUCCAGACCGACCAGGAUGUCAAAGAUCUCCAAGUUGGCGAAGGCGGUGAAGGCGGUGAAGUCGGCGAAGGCGACGAAGGAAGUAAUUCCAGGCAAUAUAAUCCGAGCUAUAGUGAGGUCAGGACAAGCAACCCCCGGACCCCCGCUGGGCCCCACCCUGGGACAGAGAGGAAUCCCCAUCGGACAGUUCUGCAAGGAAUUCAAUGAGCGAACCAUGGACAUGAAGGAGGGCCUCCCUCUCCCGGUCAGGAUCCACGUGAAGCCCGACAGAACCUACGACUUGAAGAUCGGAAUGCCCACUGUGACUUACUUCCUCAAACAGGCGGCGGGUAUCACUAAAGGCGGCACAGAGGGGGAGAUAGGAGGGAAGGUGUCUGUGAGGGCUGUGUACGAAAUCGCACUGGUGAAAAGUCAGGAUGAGUGCUUCAAGAUAAGGAACACCCCCCUCAAGUUGGUCGUCAAAAGCAUCAUCGGCUCGGCCCGCUCAAUGGGCAUUGAGAUCGUCCACGAUUUAUCAGCUGAAGAGUACAAAGUCUUCCUGGAGAAGAGGGAGGAGAAGCUAAAAGCGGACGCCGAAGCAAAAGCAGCAGCAGCAGCAGCUGCAGCCGCUGAACUCCUACUUGCAUCAGGCAGGAAGAAAUGAAAAACUGCAGGACGGACGCCUUCAUUCCUGUUUCUUUUUAACUUCAAACAUGUAACAAAUUUCACGGAAAAAAAUGUAAAUGUUGUGUUUAUUAAUAAACAGUCGUCUUGUUUCAUGA